AUGUUGGGGAUGAGAUGACUACGAUAUCUGCCGCAGUUCCCGACUCGCCCCCUGACCUUACGGGGUCGAAGUCGUCCAAAUCUUCGUCCUUCCAGUCCUCCUCGCACCAGUCGAACUCGGAUGGCGUGUUUGCCGAUAUCUCCAACUUCGAGGACAUAGCGCUCGAGGAUGAUCUGGUUGCGCAGUUCGGCAGUAAUGCCCUAGACCAUCACCAUUUCGACCAGGGACCGUAUCCCGUGCGGUCGACGAGCGUGCCGGCGAAGAAGCCGGGCCUGAGGCACAAGCAGCACCACCAGAACCUGCACCUCCAGCACCAGGGCAAAGGCCAGGACACGGCCCGGGCGAAGAGCAACACUGCCGUCAUGACGAUGAGAGACCUCACCGGGCCUGGCUGCAGACAGAACGGUGGCCCACGGAGCAGUCUUCAUACUCCCAGCACCUAUGGCCGUCACGGAUUCGCGCAGUCUACUCCACAUGUCAAUGGUACGACACCGGCCAUGCAGUCACUCUCUAUACAGCCGCCAUCCGCCAGACGAGCGCUGAGCAGCACGUCAGAUCCUUCCUUACUCCUCCAUCCAUCUCGAAACCGACCCCGAUCCCGAUCCCCUUCGCCCAGCGAGAGCCAGGCGUCCAGUGGCAGCCAUGUGUCCUGCUCCAGUCGAUCACAUAGCCGCCCGCCACCGCCAGACGCGUCUGCCACCUCCUUUCCCCGAGCUCCGUCCCGACAGCCAAGUCGUAAGUCGGUAAAGGAGCUGGAAGACGAGUACCACGACUCGGACGAAGACCUUCCCGAGGAUGCCACGCUGUGGAAUGUUCCGAUUUCUCCGCGCCCGCAGGACGAGCGUCCGAGGGGUCGGGACAGCCGCUCGCAGAGCCGCAGUCCUGGUCCGAGACCAAUACCGUUACACGACUCCGUGGCGUCCCCACCACAGCUGCCAUCUCCUCAGUCUACAUCCCCUCCCGGCAGCACAACCACUGCCAGAUACAGGCCAAAACACAGACGAGGCCGGUCACGGUCCAUGGGGCCUAGCCAGCGGGUCUCUCAAGGUGCCAUCAGCCCAGCCCCGUCUGCGGACCGCCGUGGUCCAAAAGCAAAUACCUGGAAUGUGGUCAUGUCUGAGCUCUCCGAAGAAGCAAGAAUCAUCACCGAAGCAUUGGAGCAUCAUGCUGACGAGGCGGCACGAGACCACGAGGCCAGGGUCCAGGCCGGCCUGAAGCCUCGGCCUUCCGCAAGCGGCAAACGAGGAUCCGGCGGCAUGAUCGAGCUUCCUCCCUUGCAGAGGCCGAACAUCAUGAUCGAUCCCCUGCCCAUCAGUAAGGAGAAGGAGAAGGUCUUAUCCCGGACAAGGCCCAGCUGGCUGCCUCCCAAGGACCAAAAGGAGGAAAAGAGGCAUCUCAAGGAGUACAAGCGAAUGAUGGCCUUAUCUAGGGAAGCUGACAAACGACGAGCGGCCGAAGAGGCUUCUGCGCAGUGCAAGAAAGACGACACGCGGAAGAUGCUGCAGCGCAUCUGGGACGACUAUGUGUUCCCUGACUGGGACAGGGUUAUUGCCGAACCUCGAACGCGCGAGCUAUGGUGGCGCGGCAUCACGCCUCGGUCUCGCGGAGCUGUAUGGCAGCGUGCCAUCGGCAAUGAGCUGGCCCUGACCGAAGAGUCCUUUGUCAAGGCGCUGGAACGAGCAGAGCAGCUCAGGGGCAAGUCCGGCGACGGCUUCAAACGGGCCCACGAGCGAUUUGCGGCCAUCCGCAAGGACGCAGCGAGUGCCUUUCCGGCUCUCAACGUCUUUACCGAAGGGGGACCCUUGCACGAGAGCCUGGUGCAGGUGCUGGAUGCGUAUGCCAUGUACCGCAGUGACGUGGGAUAUAUCCACGGCAUACACCUGCACACACCGUCAGCCGCCUUUCUCACUCUGGCCAAUGCCCUCAACCGGCCGCUGGCACUGGCCUUCCUGACUUCCGACCCCGGAGCUACGGCCCGCGCCUACAGCCUGGCCUCGGCGACGUUGCGUCUCAAAUUCCCACGCCUGUCGACCCACCUGUGCGAGAACCUCUGUCUCUCCGACGCCCAGAUCUGGGAGCCCAUGUUCCGCUCCCUCUUCACGAACGGGCUAGACGUCGACCACAUCUCCCGGAUCUGGGACUGCUGGGUGUUUGAGGGCGACCGUAUCCUGUUCCGAUCCGGGGUGGCCGUGCUCGGCUGCCUGGAGACACAGCUGCUGGGCCUGGUGCCGGGCGAGGAAGGCCAGAAGGGAGCGGCCGACGUGCUUGGCUGGGGUCCAAAGCACGUAGCCAAGCGAGGACGAAGCCGGACGUCGAUGGACUCUGUGGCGAGCGAAGGGGGAGCAGAGGCGAAGCUGUACUGGUCCCUGGGCACUCAGGGGACCGACGCCUUUAUGCAUCUGGUUAGAGAGGCAGGAAGGUGA